AUGACAAAGGCUGUCUAUGAGAUUGAUUUCCCUCUCAGCACACUCCAGGAUAUAUUUGUUACCAACAUCGUUAACGCUGAUAAGAACCUAGCUGCUACGCGCGUGCUUGAGUCCCGCGAAAGGCUUGGUUCCCUGAUUACUAGACCGGUCGGUUGGGAGGCUCCCUCUGUAGCGUUCCAUGCUUUGCUUGGUUCGCGAAUUGGAAGACUGGUCUCGUAUUUUGUUCUGGGUGCAUAUGGUCAAGACGUGAAGCAGGUUACGAGAAUCGUUACUUUCCAUUCUAGUGACUAUCGUCGUAACCUCAAUAUACGGUUUGAUAUUGAGGAUGCUUGA